AUGUUACCUAAUUUUCAACGGUCGGGCUCACUAAUCACGAUUCCCUACCGGCGUUUUGCUAUCCCUUAUAAUCAGCCAUCUUUUCGAAAAAGCCGACUUACAAGGGAUGUUAGCGGUUUAAAUCAAGAUAGCAGUGAAUCAAGCGAACUGAAUAUGAGAGAUGAAAGUGAAAAUAGCAGCGAAGAAAGUAUGGAAGAUAACACAUCCAGCAGCCUGGGAAAACGUGGCCUAAGAAGUAACGCCAUGCUGCCGAUAUACCAACAACCGGAAGUGAAUCCCUUUGAAACGAUGAAAAAUAUAGAACACAAAGAUUUUUCUACAAAUCAUGGCGGCAUGAACAAAGAAGCCGAUGACUCUUCAACUGGCAACGCCGACGUUCAUCCUCUUGAUACAAUUCAAGGCGGUCCUGGUAGCUACCAACAUGUCUUUGUCGGCCCAUCCUCUAAAAGUAAUGACGCAGAGCCUCUUUAUUCAAAACGUCCAGAGGAUAAUGACAAUUCAGAUGAAGAUAGUCUUUCACGUGGCUUAUCUGAUCAAAAUCCAGCCUUGAUCAAUGAAGAUUUUCUUGUCAAAGAUAUCGCCUACGACCAAACAGCGGACAAAACACUUGAAGGGCAGACUUACAGAAUAGCUGAUUUGGAUGAUGGAACCUCAAUGAAUGGUAUAUACACGAACGGAGAACAAGCUAAACGUUUUAAUGAUGGGAUGCAAGAAAUAGUCAAUGCUCUCGGAGGGCAAUCAGCCUCAAGAGGAUCUGGAAGAGGCAGAGAUGAUAGACGAAAUGAUGUUUGGACAGAUGUUGAUGUAUUUGACUGGAAAUCGCAAGCGAAUGUAGAACCAUCAAUUUCAUUCUUUCCUUUCUUACUUUUAUUUUCCUUUUGCUUCAUUUUUUUUCAAUCUUUCUUUUUUCUUUUUCUUUCUUUCUUUCCUCGUUAUCUUUUUCAUUCGGUAUUUUUUUCUAUCUUUUCUUAUCUUUCUUCUUUUUUCUAUUUUUCUUUCUUUCAUUCUUUUUUUUCUUUUCUUUUCUUUUUUCCUUUUCUUUCUUUUUCUCUUUCUUUCUUUCCUUCUGUCUUUCGUCCUUUCUUCUAA